UCAAAACAAACAUGGCGGACGACUCUUCGGAUGAAGAUGUCGAGGUACAGAAUGGAUUUCUUGAAGAACUGGAGAUCUUUCUCCCGGGUGACUCAGAAUCAGAUAACAGUGACUCAGCAGGUAAUGUGGGGCUGAUAAGGAAAUGGUCUGACAGGCGUUAGAUAGGGUUUUACUAAAAUAAGCUGUAAUUUUUAAAAAUCAGCUGUCAGUAGUAAAACAUGGCUUUUUAUCUAGUUUUGGCAUUUCUAGCCGCAUCGAUCUCCUUGAAGAGCCUAAACUGUACCUUUUUUGUAUUGAGAGAAUGAACAGAGUGUACUUUUCCGAUUUUAAGUUGGAGGAAAUGGUUAGUAAAUUGACGUAAAUUGCAUGCAUGCCUCUUUGCACGGUCCAUCAAACAACAUAACAUAACAGUCACGGGUAAUUUGGUAGUUCACUUUAGCGCUGCAGUUACUGUGUCAUGUCAAACUGCAAUUUACCUGUUACCUCUCUUGGUUCUUUCUUUUAAUAGCUGAAAUUGUACAGGAAAGUGAUGAAGAGCAACAUAAUGCCAUUAAUUUUGAUCCAUCUCUUCCUACACAGCAUCAGGUAUUGGAUAGACCUUCUUUUAGUCAUUCAGAAACAUAUAAAUGAUGAAUAAAGGGUCAUAAUUACUAUUUGUCCAGUUUGAUUUAAUUCAGUUGAUGUUACUUCAGUAGCUUCACCUUGGUUCUCUACUUCAGUUCUUCCCCGGAGGGGGAAGAAGUAUAGUCAACUCCCUCUAAGACGGACACCUUUGAGACCGGCAGUAAGUGUCCAUCUUAGAGAGAUGUCCAUCUUAUAGAGAGUCAAAUAAAGGGAGUAAAAAACCGCAGGGAACAACUCUAGGUGUCCGUUUUAGGGAUGUGUCCGUUAAGAGAGAGUCAACUGUAGUAGGCUAAUGGGGAUGUGCGGCUGGAUUGGGUCGCAUCUUCAUGACUGGAUUGACUAUUAUGGGGUUGCAUUUUUGUAAGAGUUACUAGAAUGGGUUCGCACAUUUUCAGGAUUUUGGAGGUCAGAAAAUUCUGGUAUUUAGGGAUUUAAAAAUAGAAAGAUAUACACCACAUUAAGUUUAACAAAUGUGUCAGUUCAUUUAAGGAUGACCAAGUUAAAAGGCUUUAUAUGGUAGAUACAUAAACAGAAAGUGACUAAGAGGUCCUGCCAGGAGAAGGGGAGGGGACCCAUGUCGCUUGUCUGAAUUUUAAAACAUCUCAUGUUGGUGUUUAUAAAUGCUUCAGGACCUUGCUGUCGGAAAUUGAACCGAAAUUCUUUGUCUUUGUCGGAAUUUUAGAAAAAGGGGAUAGCGAUGUGAUGAGAAGAAACCAUAUACAGUUCUGUAAUUUCUCAGUUAACAUUUCGUGUAUCAAACAUCAAUACAUCGCUAUUCACAAUUAACACAAUUCACAGGAGGAUCCACUUAAGCUCCACAGACAAGAGACGUUCUCUGAAGGGCAAGGAAAAUUGACAAAAACUACUCCUUCUUAGCAUUCAGCCUGGUGAUAAAUUAAGUCCAAACCACCAUUCUUUUUUGCUUAUUCUUGGCUUUGCCGUUACUGUCGCAAUUUGGCUGAGGGCGGUUGUCUCUUGGCACGAUUUCAUUUUACACCCUGUCACUACUUUGUUAGUGAUGUUGCUUGUCGGAAUUUACCCUGGCAGGGCCUCUGACUAAGGUGGGAUUGCGAAAAUUACUUUUUUCCCAACGAGUGACUAAGAUGGGGUCUAUAAUGUUACCACAGAAAAGUCUAUAAUGGAGUAGGGGUUCUGAGGGGCCAGCGGCACAUGUCCAGCAAAAAUUUAACACAAGUACUCUCCCCCCACCCCCUCCUGCCAGGAGUUCUUCAUUGGAAGAUUAUGGAGUGGAAAACUUAUAUAUAUUAUUAUUUCACAUUUUUUUACUUGAGUUUGUGAGAUUCAUACAUGGGUUAAAGAUCUUCGGAAGCUCUAGUAAACUUUUCUAACCAGAUCCCAGAGUUAACAGUCUCCAGGGUUUUAUCUGGGUGAGUACAUUAAAAUAACUGAAAAAAGUAUUAAUGUGAUUGCAGUAUCUUGGGGAGGAGAUGGACGAGUUCAGUGGUCGUACAUACUAUGAGCCUGGUUCUAACAUUGUUCUUCCACUGCUGAUGUUACCGGGCUUGGUCCUUGUCCCUGGGCAAACAUUGCCUCUUCAUUUGUUCCAGCCCCAGGUAAAGAGUGUUGUUCAUAAAAUUUCAUAAAGAAAAGUCUACAGCACAACAUGUGCUUUAUCAAUAAGAUGAUAUUUUUAUUUAUGUAAGUGUCACUGAGACAUAAAAAAAAAUCUUGUCAACUUACGCUAAUGACAGAGAUUGAUGUUAUAUAUACAUCUUUUUUGAAAAAUUUUACAAGUAAUUCAGUCCUUGGACUGCGAAAUGUGAAUUGUAAUAAACAGUCUACAGCUAUCUAUUUAUCUACAUAUAUCUACGCAGCAAUUGCAUUUGGUACCAACUCAGGUAAUAAUCCCAAAUCAUUUAUUUCACUUCCUGUCUGUUGCAGCAUCACAACUUGCUUAGAAACUGCAUCCUUUCAUCAGCAAAGUGCAAACAACCAAACCUAUUGUUUAAAGCCUGGCUGUUUACUUCAUGAUCUUUUUUUUUUUUGCAGUCAGUUGCCAUGAUGAAGAAUAUUGUAGAAAAGGACAGGACAUUUGGCUUAGUGAAUGCCAGGUAAGGGGUUUGCUAGGCCUGGUUCAGUCUCUGACCUUUUUACAAGCUAAACCUAAUACCUUGAAAUGAAAAGAUUGGUCUCUGAAUCAAAAAAGAACUGUACAUGAGUUGUAACAUCUUUGAGCAACUCAUUUAUUCUUCAAAUACCUGGCUGGCCAGGAAUUUGAGUUACAUGUAACUUGGCAUGUGCUUAUAGCCAAAAAAACAUAUAUCUUUGGCAAUUUCACUAAUUUUUACUUCAAAUUGUGUUGCUCUUAAAUGUACUAUGACUUUGGGUUCCAUCUAAUAACAUCCCCUGGCCCACUCAUUUCCUUUUGUGUAGAGGAUGUUUUUGCACAGAGCUCAAACAGGUACUUGACAUUUGUCAGUUUCGAAUUAAGCUUGUGUCACCAAAACUUUAGCAUCUGAACUGGCCCAUUUUUGGGUACUUUGAGGUUUUAAAACAGUUCUGUAGCAAAAAUUAAAAGUGGUUAUUGAAAUCUGCUUGCCAUUACAUGUAACUAUUAAUUUCCAUAGAUAUGGUAGCAGUCAAAACCAGUUGUUAGCAGCCAUUGGAACAACAGUUGAGAUUUUCUCCAUGAAAGAAGAAGCUGAGGCUGGGAUAUGCACGCUAAGAAUUAAAGCUAUGGGCCGGCAAAGAUUUAGAAUUAAAGAACUACGCAGACAAGUUGAUGGGUGAGUAUCAUCAAAAGAUCAGAGUGCUCAGUAGUUAUAGAACAAGUUUUUAAUACUGUAACAAUUCUUAGAACAAGGUUAGGGUUGUUCUUUGUAAUAAGUAUUGAAUAAUAUCAUUUGUCUCAAGAUAUUUGAAAGAGGCAGUGUAGUCGAGUGGUUACUUUGGACUCGCAGUCCAGAAUGCCUGAGUUUAUGUCCCACUUUGACUGAUAAUGUAGCUGGAUUUGUCAUUGGUAGUCCCAAGUUCAGCUUUUCUAGAAAGUAGCCAACUUGUUUGCUUCUGGCCGGUUGAAAUUCUUACGUGUUAAAUCAGUUCAUUUCAGUAAUAUACAUUUCUAUUAUUGUUUGUUGCUUCCCUUAAUUGGGGACUGCAACGUAAACCACUUACUACCAGCAACUACCCUAGCCUCAGAACGCAGCUAACAUUUUGUAAUGCCACUACUGGUUUUCCCUGCGAAAUGAUCUCAGAUCUGGGUACGUAGUGCUUCUGAUUGGAUGAAGCAAUUUUACAACCAAUCAGAAGAAAAGUACCUAAAUCUGGGUAGUGACACGUCAUGUAAGGGUGUGGAAUUUCUGCGCUCAUUUCUCAGACAUCGUUUGACAUGGAAAUUAUAGUAGCUAGUGAGAUGGCGUAACAAAAUAACCCAGCUGUUUACUCAGGCAGCUACAGGUAUUUCCUCUAUAAAAAGUCAAUCAUUUGAGAUGUAGAUAGUAGUGUUCUUCAGGUAAGGCAUUUGAUUACCUGAGAUGAAACAAGUCCCAGCCUAGGGUUUAGUUGAUUCGCCUAUCAUUCAUUCUAAGGCUUUGUUUGCCUCCUCUUUAUCCAGUAUCCUACAGGCCACAGUCCACAUCCUUCCAGAAAUCAGUCUUCUUUCUCACCCUGAAGGUUCACUUUGGUCCUGUUAUCACAAGUUUGGUUGCCAGGCAACCACAGAUGGUGCCCUUGAAAAGCCGUACCAGGUCUCUAUUGGCAAAAACAGGCUGGGAAAGACUAAGUACAAGAAGGUGAGGGAAAUUUACACAUGUUAGUAUAGGUAAUAGCAUGAUUUGGAGUGAUAUUUCAAAAUUGUUAUAUGUAAUUUCACGAGCUGUUAGGCAAGUGAAAUUUGAGACAAUUUUGAAAUAUCAUGAGUAGUAUUCAUGCCAUAUAUCACGUACAAAUCAUGCUAUUAUUUGUUUAUACUGCUACCCACAAAAGGUUUGUAAUUUUCACAUGUAGGGAUUUCAAAUCAAGCUGAAAUACCACUGCUCUAAGCCAAUCAAAUUGCAGAAAUUUCUCAUAUAGUGGUAUAAAUAUAUGGUAAUAGGACUAAGGGGAGGGAAAUUCGGUCUGUAGUCACACAAGUGAUUAACAAAAUCAGAUGACCAUGUAGUGGGAGUCUGAUUUGUUUAAUCAUGAGUAUGAUUACAGACCGAAUUGGACGACAUGAAGUUCUGUUACCAAUUAAUCAUAACUAUAACAAAAUUUGUGAUAUAUUAGGCUUUUUUAGAUCAAAACACAACAAACUCUGAGCAUUUUGCUAGCAGUGAAAAAAAAAGCCAUUUAAGUGAGCGUGUGAUGGCAUGUACUGUCCUGUUACAUACUGUAAUAUUAGUGCUGAAAUUAGGACGGUUGUAGCCAAUCAGAUUUGAGAAUUUUGUUAAUAGUUAUGAUUAAUUUGAUAAUCAUGCCUAAGAGGUGAUGACCGUCAAACAGUGUUAAAAUUGCUUGUCUUUUUAUCAGGGUCUAAAUAAUAAAGAUAUUAUCAGCUACUAACAUGUAAUUAAUUUUGCCAUUUAUUAUGUACCUGUAGGUAGCCAUCAGUCUAAGUUCAUGGCCAAGAUGGGUGUAUGAACUCUACAAUCCAGUAAGUUGUCACAGACUUCAGAUUGUUAUGGUCACACAAUAAGAUUUCACAACAGACCCAAAAGUUAGAACGUACAUACUAAGCUAAAUAGUACCAUGUGAAACCACUGUUAACGAAGUUUAAUUUGAGUGUUCAACCCGUAAGAUUUCGUUCAUGGACACAGACCUAAAGGUCACAACUACGUAGAAAACAAAUGGCACCAUGUGAAAGUACUGCUGAAUAGGUUUCAUGUGAAUGGUAACACCAUAGGAUUUCAUCCACAGACUCAAAAGUUAGAACUACAUACAAAACAAAUAGUACCAUGUGAAAGUACUGCUGAAUAGGUUUCAUUUGAAUGGUCACACCGUAGGAUUUCAUCCACAGACUCCAAAGUUAGAACUACAUACCAAAAAAAUAGUGCCAUAUGAAAGUACUGCUGAAGAGGUUUCAAGUUAAUGGUCUACACUAGAGCACACGUCAUAUUUUGUGCUAGACUGGUAAGUGGUCCAAACUUUUUCUGUCCUUAGCUACUAUGGGCCUAGUUAGUCUAUACUGGUACGCAUUUUCUGAGAAAACUACAUUAAACUGAAACAAAUUGAAUGGAAUGUCUUCGCAGAAAAGACUCCAUAACAUCUGCAAUACUCUUUUCUUUAUGUUGUUUUCUAUCAUUUCUUUGUAAAUAUUUCUGUACUUCCAGAAAAAAUACGACUCAUUUUGUAUUGUCGACAUUGCUUUGUAAUUAGUUAUAUUCUCUAUAAUUCUUACCAUGUUAUAGAAAUAUCUUCAAAAUUUAAAAGAGUCCUAACUUUCGUCCAAAUUAUUUGUAAAUGACUUUCAGAAAAGUUUCUACUCUACUGAUUAUCUUUCAGUUUGUGUUAAUGGAGUUAAUAAAGAAGGAGCUAAAAAGUUGGAGUGAAACUCUACGGAUUGACAAUGUUCCUAAAGCGCCAACAGGUAGGUAUGGCUUCAGUCACGUGCGCUGGAAAGGAAAAUUAAAGACGUUUUGACAAUUAAAAUUAAAAUUACUGUUAGAAAUCAUAAAGGUGAAAAAAAGGUAAAGGCGCAGACGAGCCAAAGGCCCGAACUACCGGAGCUUAUCCCGAUUUCCUUAGCAUGAAGCAUACCAAGGAGUAUUGCUACUCCCCCUGGACGGAAUGCGAGUCCAUCGCAGGGCAUAAAGCUUAUCGUGAAUUUAGUAUGACCGGGCCAAGUCCACACUAAUCUGGACAUUUUUAAACCUGCGUAUUUAUUUACCCGAAAUCGUGUGGACGGCGCUUUAUAACAACUCUAGAUAGCGGUUUCAAAAACAUGCGGGUUCGGUGAGCGGAUUCACUGGUUUCGUGUGGACCGAAGGCCGAGUCCUUUUAAAAAAUAUGCAGUUUAAAAAAUAUCCGGAUUCAUUUUGACGGGGCAUAUCAAACAAUGUUUUACUACUUCAUUUCACGGCAAAUUGACGUUUUUUACUUUUAGAUUUCUCGUUUUGGGUGGCAGCCAACAUGCCUCUGGACGAUAACCUAAGACUUCAAAUACUGAGCAUAAACUGUCCCACCCAGAGACUGCGAAGAGAACUAGAAAUUGUGAGAAAGGUAAUCAACACAGUGAAGGUUAUAACUGGUUUGCCCACUGAAAAUUUUCCGGACCGUCGCAAUCGUAUCGAUUUUUAGGCGGGGGGCAGGGAAGAAAACUCGGAGGCCGGGGUGGUUGGGACGAUCGGAACUAUCCAUGCGAUUGAGGCGUGCGAGAACAUGAUGGACGCGCGUGCCCAUCACGUUUCCUCGUACCUAAAUUCUACCGCCCCCUUUCCUUUCAAACCCCGGCCACGCAGGCUGGUUCUAUCUGGACGAUUGCGAUCGCCCCAAACCCGCAUUGCGUCAGGAUGAUCGCGACGAUUACAUGAAAACCAGUCUCAACAAACACAGUUUCGAAAACGCGUUCUUUUUUGCCCGCGGAGAACACAGAGCGCGAGGUAAAGAACAUAGCAUGAAGCAGAUUCAAGGUUCACAGUCCUCUUGUUAUCCGUAAAAUCGUUGCCUGGAGCGCAUUUUUUUUUCUGUCCUCUCUUCCCCCGCUAUGAACCCCAACGUCCGCACCUUUGGUACAUUUGAAUCAAAGAUGGCCGCCCUUCGUAACGGUGAGCGCUCAAUCUCGACAAUUUUACCGAAAAAUAGAGAACUGUGAGCAGUCUACUUUUCGCGAUGAACUCUGCACGUAAACGUCGUGAAACAUGUUCAUCUAGCACCGUUCUGGUGCAAAUUUUCUCCCAUUGGCGCAUUAAAAAUAUGGCACCAUUUGUAUGAAAACUUUCCUGGCAUAGCAGGGUCUUUACUGUCUAAUUCUUGAGUUGUUUUUAACAGUGCAGUGUCCUGUGUUGCCGUGAAUGUGAAACUAAGAUAGUGGACAAAAACGAUUUGUUCAGGUGAGGCACAUAUUAAUACAAAUGUCACUUGUAACCAUUAAUGUCAAGAGCAUAAGGCAAUAGGCUCCUGUUGAUGUAUCGAAUGCGGUAUUUCCACGUAUAACAAAUAACAUAAGAGAAAGUCUGUUUUCGCUUGUGGACCAAAACAACUUUGAAACAAGGCCUGAAACGGCACAUACUUUCUGGAAUUAGGAGAUCGCCACGCGCGUUUUGCUGUGGUUAUUAGAAAGAUUUAGAAUCGCGUCUACGGCAAACGGUACAAGUCCGAUUCUAGUUGACAAUUUCGUAAGUUAACGGGUAAUGAGCAGAUAAAAACUGUCUAAGAUAAUUCUUAUGGGUGAAACUGUCAUUUUUCUGCUGAAAUCGACAAGCAAAGGGAAUUUUGGUCAAAUGGCACGAACUAGAGUUUUUCGUUUACCGUAAACUGUAUUCUAUUUCUCUCUUAAUCGAUAAAUCCCUCCUCUUGAAGUGCGUCAAUGCACAUGAUUGCCACGAACGAAGAACAACAAGAGACGAUUUUAACGAUAAAAAAUUCCUCAGUCAGUAGGUGCUUUAACCAGUUGUACAAUCAUCUUUUAUGAACUGAAUUUGAUGUUUCUUUCAAUGAACUUAAAUUCGCCUUUUUCACAUAGGCCAUUAUCUGCGACUUUCACCUUUCCCACAAUGUAAUUUGUUUUUCCCACGAAAUCUUGCAUAAGAAUUGUUUUCAAUUUCUCAGGGGACGAUCAUUAGUCCCAAGAGAAAUUGAAAACAAGUCUUAUGCUAAACUUUGGGGGGAAAACAAAUUGUUUUAUGGGGAAAAGAGUGAUAGCCUGGGACCCAAACUAAGCGCGCGCACAUUUAUGGGAUUGUUUGGGGGGACAAGUCGAGCAGCCACCUCGAAUAUAUGACGAGACAUGCAAGUUGUUGUGUGCCUUUCUGCACAAAUAACUUCAGGAACUCCCCUGGUCUAGCAUUUUAUAGAAUACCGAAGGCGAGACGUAUCCAGCUGCGUUUUCUUUCCGGUGGUUUUGGCUCCACGGCAAAGAAACCAUCUCUGAAGCUGUUUCAUGAUGCAUUCUUCUGGUUUUUGUCGAGGUAAAAUUGUCCCAGGCACACCUUCUUCCCUCAGCUUCACAUUUUCAUGCUUUAUUUUUUCAAUUCCACCUUCCGUUUUGUAAUUUUAAGCUGUUUUAACCCCGCUGAAACAUUCCACUUCGCUUUCCGCCAUGUUUGUUUACAUUCGCGACCCCUCAGAUAAUCCCAUAAAUGAGCGCGCGCCUAGUUUGGGUCCCAGGCUAUCUCUCUUUUCGAAAGUGAGCUGUUGUUUAUUAUUUGCAUGGGCAAACCGGUCGAUCCACGGUUUGGGAAAAUGGUAACCAAAGUUUAGGACUGGUCGACGUUCUCGCAGAAUCUCGUUUACCAUUUGUACAAAUCAGCUACAUUUGCCGAAAAACGGCAAAUAAAGCCUGAAACUGGUAUAAAAGAUGGCUUUGAAGAAAUGGAACAUGAACUCCGUCCAGAAAAACAGGACUACCUUUUCAGAGAUUCCGCUGCUCCCGGAAAUUUUCCGUUGGAACGACCAAGAAAGUCGUGCUCCAUUUACUUUCCAACCCGAUUUUCCGGAACCUUUAUGUUAAUUGUAAACAACCCUUGUUUGCCCCCCCCCCCCCCCCCCNUUUUUUCUGUCCUCUCUUCCCCCCGCUAUGAGCCCCAACGUCCGCCCCUUUGGUACAUUUGAAACAAAGAUGGCCGCCCUUCGUAACGGUGAGCGCUCAAUCUCGACGAUUUUACCGAAAAAUUGAGAACUGUGAGCAGUCUACUUUUCGCGAUGAACUCUGCAACGUAAACGUCGUGAAACAUGUUCAUCUAACACCGUUCUGGUGCAAAUUUUCUCCCAUUGGCGCAUUAAAAAUGUGGCACCAUUUGUUAGAAAACUUUCCUGGCGUAACAGGGUUUUUACUCUCUAAUUCUUAUGUUGUUUUUAACAGUGCAGUGUCCUGUGUUGCCGUGAAUGUGAAACUAAGAUAGUGGACAAAAACGAUUUGUUCAGGUGAGACACUUAAUCAUACAAAUGGUCAUUAGAAAUGAGCGCGCGCCUAGUUUGGGUCCCAGGCUAUCUCUCUUUUCGGAAGUGAGCUGUUGUUUAUUAUUUGCAUGGGCAAACCGGUCGAUCCACGGUUUGGGAAAAUGGUACCAAAGCUUAGGACUGGUCAACGUCCUCGCAGAAUCUCGUUUACCAUUUGUACAAAUCGGAUACAUUUGCCGAAAAACGGCAACGAAAGCCUGAAACUGGUAUAAAAGAUGCCUUUGGAGAAAUGGACAUCAAAACGGUCCAGCAAAACAGGACUACCUUUUCAGAGAUUUUGUUGCUCCCGGAAAUUUUCCUUUGGAACGACCCAGAAAGUCAGGCUCCAUUUACUUUCUGACCAGAUUUUCCGGAACCUCUUUGUAGAUGGUAAGCAACCCUUGUUUGCCCCGCCCCCCCGCCUCCCCAUACGCCUCCAAAAAAAAGGUUUGCCUAACCAAUGUUUCCAAUUCCUCCUGGGUAGCACAGUCGACCCAAGAGGAAAAGAAAACAACGGCUACGCAAAAUUUUGGGGAGUAGGCAAGGUGUAUAAUGGUCCAUAUGAAAAUGGUGAAUUACUAUGACAAAAGAGCAAAAUGAAUCCUUACAAAAAUGGAGCUAAAUUUUGUGAUCCCACUUUUUGUAAGAAGGUAGGCAAGCAUUAGAAGACAAUUUCUUGAACGUCUUUUUUGUUUCCUUUUUUUAAAUACACAGCAUGUCACUGGAUGGUCCGUUAGGUGCAUAUGUCAAUCCGAAUGGCUGGGUGCAUGAGACGCUAACUUUCUACCGAGCCACAAGCGUUAGACUAAGAGGAAGGCCAACAGCAGAGAACAGCUGGUUUCCUGGGUAAGUGACGAUGGGCUGCUCAUUAAAAAACAAACCCUAAGCUCCCGCGCAGACUCUCUUAGGGCUUUCGUCUUGAGCGACGAAAGUCGCGAGAAUAGAGAGCUUUAGUUUCGAGUACAAGAACGAGAUUUUAACCGUUCUCAAAAAAAAUAAGCCCCGGAAAGCUUAAUUUUACUUGUUUUCACCAAAAAGUUAGUACGGUUUUUUAUACUAAAGAAGGUUAAGCCCGCUCCCGAUAGCAAAAUGAUAAAACUUCUUACAUUUGAAAACUUGUUCCCGUCACUACGACAUUCUCGCUAAAACUCGCAGAAGAAUGACGACGGCUAUCAAGUUUUCCCGCCAAGAUGACGCUGGUUCACGCGUGAGCAAUACUCAGGAUUGAGAAAAUCUCGUACUCGUAGUUGUCCUCGCCUCAGAAUCUAAAGCUGUCUAAUACCUUCCGACCGAUGACCCAACCAAGGUGGACUUUUGGAGGUGCAAGUUUAUUUUUUGUUUAAAUUGGAUUUAGAAUUGACUGACACGUUGGGGAACAAGGGUAGUGCUGUAGUGAGGGCACUCGCCUCCUACGAAUGUGAACCGGCUUCAAAUCCCAGCGUCGACGCCAUAUGUGGUUUAAGUUUGUUGUUGUGUCUCUUCCUUGCUCCGAGAGGUUUUUCUCUGGGUACUUCGGCUUUCCCCACUCCUAAAAAACAUCGACACUUCCAAAAUCCAACUCGAUCUGGAACGCACGGACACGUUGAAACGAGUUCUCUAUAAUAACCUGAGAGCUUGCAACCACGUCCCUGUGACUCCUCGUCGACUGAGCUGUCAGAUUUCCGCCAAUCAGCGCGAAGCGGAAACGAGCGGGAACGUAAACAAACAUUGAAAAACACGUGCCAAGGGUAAUGUCGUCAUUACCAGCGUCAUCUCCGCCAAUCAGCAUUUCGCAAAAACAAAGAGGGUUCGUUUUUCUUCAUUUAAGGUAUGCAUGGACUAUAGCCGAGUGUGGUCAAUGCGGAAACCAUUUGGGUUGGCGUUUUACGUCCGUCAAGCGAGGCUUAAAUCCCAGUAAGUUCUGGGGACUCACCCGAGCUUCUUUGAGACCCACACUGGUUUACGAAGAGGAAAGUGACCCUGAAAACAAACGAACACAAGCUGUCCCACCGUCACCCUAACGUGCGAUAAGGCUAUGUUACACCACUUCCCUGGGACGUGACAAAGUGUUUCUUUACACCACCCCACAGAGGUACGUCACAGUAGUGAGAACGUAUGGAACGAAAAAUUGAAGGCGCCGUCACGAUCUUCGUGCAAUGCCAAAAGCUUCUUCGCUUUGGAUAAAAGAGAUACUUGUUUGAAAAUCUAACGUUUCAUUUGAACGCUAAAUGAACACGCUAAAUGGUUAAUGCAUUCGGUUGAAAAUGCCAGACCUGAAUGAAGAAGUGUGGAGGUGAUGACAAAGGUGGUUUACGCUUAAUUUAUAGACCCCACAGUCUCCAAACAAAAGACGUAAUAAUGACUUUAAAUAGCAAAAAAAUAACCGUAGAACAUUUGAAAGCAAACUAGAGACAGGUAACGAGUGGCAGCGAAUGUUGCCGUAUCGCUUAGGUUUCUUCGCGCUAUGUUGAAGCUAAGUUUCAAAAUAGCACUCCAUGCUUAUGCAGCAGUGA